AUGCCCAGGGCUCGAGGCAUUACCAGGAAGCUGUCCAGGAACAUCCCUACAACCUCGAUAGCUGUUCUUCUCCUUCUUCUCCUCUCCAUCAACGUCUCCGUGUUAUGGACCUUUGACUCCCGUUCCGUUUUGUUCGCAGAGUGGUUGCCAUUCAUCACCGGUGACAAUGAACAGCAGAUCGGGCGCCAUGUCUGGCGUAAAGCAAAAGAGCCAGUACCUCUGGUCGAGGUUGAUGAGAGACAUCCGAUCAGAGACUUGAUGCGCGCAGCAGACGUCGAGUUUGAUAGGUACAACGCGAACAGAAGUAGGACAUUCAAAGAAGCAGUCAGCACGUACAGACAGAGCUACGGACGGCAUCCACCGCCAGGCUACAAAGAGGUAUGGAUCCAGUCUGGAAGAUGGUACAAGUUCGCUCGCAAACGCAAAGUCCACAAUAUCGACGACUUCCAACAGAUCCACGAUGACCUGCGACCCUUCUGGGCCAUACCUCCUUCUGAAAUACGACACUACGCCGCUCAUGCAUCCGAUGAUUACGGCCAUUUGAUCGCAACGAUCUCUCUUCGUGAUGGUCAAAUCAUUCAAGAGCUUUGGGGGUGGCGCUCGGAGACGUUCGUCAAGUUGUUGCAGAGAUUUGCAAGAUGGCUGCCAGACAUGGAUAUCCCCAUGAAUCGAAUGGAUCAGCCGCGGGUCAUUGUGCCUUGGGAAGACAUGCAGAAGCAUCUUGAGGUAGAACGAAAGGGCCCUUCGCUUGGAGAAGAAGGCGUCGCAGAUUCAUUCAGCAAAGGCAAGAAUGGGCUAUACGUUCCGAGCCCGCACUACCCAGAACCUGUUUGGUUGAAUCGAUUCAAUCCGUUCCUGUAUCCUAUCGAGCACAACCGGGAUCAAGGAGGACUCCCAGCCGCGUACGAAUGGUUCAACUACGCUGGCGGACAAUUCAUGGAUUUGGCCGCGAAGGCUUGCCCACCGAACUCGUACGCUCGAAACGCAGACACUCAAAAGCACGCCAAAGAGGCCGAGAAGAGCUACAAGCACAUACUGGGCGGCUUCGUGACCAACUUCAAUGCAUCCACCGAUCUAUGCACGGUUGGGCCUCAAAUCUCCCACCUCCAUGGCAUGCUAUACGCCAGUACAUCGAUGCAGGUCACCCACAAACUGAUCCCAAUCUUCAGCGAAUGCAAGACAAACGUAAACAGCGACAUCCUCUUCCCAGCCAACAUGUACUGGAAAAAGGACAAGCGCUACGAUUACAACGACCUCCACGACAUCGACUGGGACGACAAAGACGACAUCAUGGUCUGGCGAGGCGUCACCAGCGGCGGUAACACCUUCGCGGAUGACCCCCAACGAUGGAAAAGCAUGCACCGCCAUCGCCUGGUCCUCAUGACGAACAGCACCGAACUCUCCAUCCACCAAAACACCACCUCCAUCCUAGCCCUCAAAGAUCCUAAACUCGGCAUGUACACCCCCAACACAUUCACCCCCUCCGCCUUCGCACGUAACCACACAAACACGGGCUUCACCGAAAAGCUCGCCUGCGUCGGCUCCUGCGACUUCUACAACUCCUCCCUCACCAUGCUCCCCCAAACCACCUUCGCCGACACCUUCAAAUCCAAAUACCUCAUCGACGUCGACGGGCACUCCUUCUCCGGCCGCUGGCGAGCAUUCCUACAAUCCCGCUCGCUGGGUCUGAAAGCGACCAUCUUCCGCGAAUGGCACGACAGCCGCCUCUUCGCGUGGAGGCAUUUCGUGCCGGUGGAUAAUCGGUAUGGGGAGUUGUAUAGCUUGCUCACGUAUUUCAUCGGCCUCAAGGGGGGCGAUGUGAAAGUCCCUGCGCACGAUUACGAGGCUAUGAAGCUCGCGCAGCAGGGGCGGGAGUGGGCGGGGAAAGUGCUCCGGAGGGAGGAUAUUGAGAUUUAUACGUUCCGGCUGUUGUUGGAGUAUGGGCGGGUUGUUGAUGAGGAGCGGGAGAGGAUUGGGGUUGUUGGGGAUGGUGGGGUGGAGAUGGAGGAGUUUGAUAGGAGAUACCCUGCUGUUGAUUGA